GGUGAUGCCGUUUUGAACACGGAGUCGGACUUUGAAAACGGAGGUUCCUCGGAUAUACAUGACUACUGGCUGGAUAGCCCGGUUGCCAAGGCUGGAGAGACUAAUCUUAGCAGCAUAGAUGAACGGGAGCUCAUCAGAAAUGAAACACCGAUCACGCAGGAAGACAGUGGUAGUAAUUCUGGUUCCAAUGUCCUAUAA